AUGCAACCGUUUGGGGCGACAAUGGAAUGCUUCGAUGGUCUCGCUUCACCUUCAUGUAUGCCGAAAAUGAGCGACACGGAGCGGAUCAAAUGUCAUCCUCUUAUGCCGAUUUUAGAGUUAAAGAACCAAAUAAUUCAGUUAUUAUGCAAGAAAUGCGGUGAUGCUACUCAUACAAUGCAGCCGAUGGCGUUUCAAAUGAACGACGUAUGCCAGUUAUUCCGUAAACUCGACUCCAAAGGAGUGUCUACGAGGACAAACAAUGAGAAACUCGACAAAUUUAUGAAGGAUGCAAUUAUCGUUCUCCGAACUCAUCUCAGCGAACUGCAAAAGGUGGCCUCACUAACUGAAGACUUCCAUACGAAAUAUUUAAGUGAGUAUUUUUUACAUGUGAUCAGAAGGCAUAUGUAA